GAAUUUGCUAAAUUACUAUGCGUAAAUUAUUUCCUCGAAGACGAAUACCUAACGUUUACUUCAUCAAAGAAGUUCAUCCAAAGUUUACUCGUUUCUUUGUGGAACGCGCCGUUGUUGUUAAAUUAGAAGGGAAACCUUAUGUAACUACUAUUUUACAGAGUGAAUAACUUCCUGUGUGAGGAGAGCUUCGAAUUCACCGAAUCUGGAGUUUGAAUUAGUGCUCAUAGGACAAUUGUGAUUUGCAGGUUGUACUGAUUUGCAUUUGUCGAAACAUACCAAAAUAAAUACUUCACUCGAAGGCUAUUCACAGGUGAAACAAAUCUGACCGAGGUUUCCUAUGGCUAACGCAGCACCAACAGGUUUUUCGACAAGGGAGACCACAAACUACGCUCGCUUGUGUCGUCUGCUGAUUGAUGUUGCCACCCAGGUCCUCAGAGACACAUUUGAUGCCAUCCAUCCACCAGCAAAUCUUCACAUAGUUUUAGCAGCAAACAAAGCGACGAUAUUAAUGCCACUGAGAACAAGAAAAGUUCUAAACGCGACUCAGUGGAGAAAGCUCUUUCCAACCAAUCCUUCCUCAGUUUCAUCUGAAAAUUUCGAUAUCACCCUUUUGAUGAUCCUGCUACGAAACUUAUGUAGCUUACCUUCUCCCGCAGCAGGCUGGGAUACACUUCCUGCCGUAACAGAUGUGAGUCGCGAAGCUGAUAUCGCUCGUGUUAAAUAUUACAGAAACACUGUGUAUGGCCAUGCUAAGUGCGCCUCAGUUGAUGAUCCGACGUUCAACACAUACUGGCGCGACAUCCGGGACACUUUAUUGAGACUUGGAGGUGCAACUCGGUACAAAUCAACCAUUGACAAGCUUGAAACUGAGUGCAUGGACCCUGAAAAUGAAUAUCACUACAAAGAAGCUCUCAGCCAGUGGAAGAAAGACGAAGAAAACGUUAUAGAUAAACUGGAUGAAGUCAUCAAAAGACUGGAUGAUAGGCGAGUGUAUCGUGUCGAAAGAGCUGUUGGAGAGCUGUGGGAUGUGUACAGAGAAAGGGCAUGAGACCAAACCUCUGAAUCACUAUUGUAAGAAUUGUAAAGUUUCCAUUUGCGACACGUGUGGGGAGACUCGUCACACUCAGCACACCAAGGUAAAUAUCCAACAGGCCGCCGAGGAAGAGAAGCUGAAAAUGAAAGAGACUGUAGAACAAAUGAAUAUGCAAAUUUCUGAGCUCGAGACACAAAUCGCAAAAACAAAAAAUGCUUUUGCAAUAAGCAAACGAAAAAUUUCUGCAGCUCGAAAUAGUGUACGAACAACUGUUGAAGAACUCGUCCGUGUUUUAAAAGAGCACGAGAAGUCCACUGUGGCCAAAUUGGAUGUUAUUGAAGAAGCACAACAAAGAGAUUAUAAAAUAGAAGUGGAACGUUUCGAAGCAUCUGUAAACGAAUGAAAGCGUUUUGUGAGAAAUUGCAAUGAAAUUUUACGAAGAGACACCACCGUCGAGACUCUACAAUUGCAACAGGCGGAAAUCGAAAGGUCUAAAGGUGUUCUGAGAGCAACAAAAAUGGACAUUUAUAAGCCUUGCCAUGUUCUCUAUCUUAAAGACACGAAUUACGUUAAGAACUUGACAUGUGCAGAUCCGGGUAAAGUCCUCGUAAGUAACACUGAUCCACAAAGUUCAUAUGUGAAAGGUUAUGCGGACUUAACAACAGCUGAAGCUGGAUGUACAAAGAUGUUUGACAUCAAUACAAUGGAUUCAGAUGGAAAACAGUGUUACCAUAAAAUCGAUAAGAUUAAAGUGGAAGUUCGGGGUGCGGCAGAGAGGGAUCUCGCCAACAAGAUUGAUGACUGGAUGUCACGUGGGACAUACAGGAUCAGAUACACACCAGAUCGCGAUGGAGAGCAUGAGGUAACAGUUUUUGUUAACGAUCAACCUCUUCCUUGUAGCCCAUGGAGGGUAGAUGUGGCUCCACACCGGUAUAGAUUCUCCUGUAAUUUCCAGCUAAGUAAAAAAGGACAAUUCAGAGAACCUUACGCUAUUGCAAUAGACAGUAAGACAGGGAAUUUGGCAGUAGCAGAUCGAAAGAAACAAAGACUGCGACUAUUUAGCACAUGGGGGGACCACAUAGCUGACUUUGGUCUAAAUGGAUCAGAACUAAUAGAUCCCACCUCAGUUGCAUUCAACCAUUCUAGUGACGUGCUGGUCACUGCUUCUGGUUCUAUACAUUGUUUUAAUGUCAGUGGUAAAUUCAAGGAGUGCAUCAACAACAAAGAUCUUAAGUUCCCAUUUUCGUUGACUUUUGCUUGUGAUGGUCGCAUGGUGGUGUGUGACACAGGUGACAAGUCUGUCAAGGUUCUCUCCCCAGAUGGGACAGAAUUGUUACAUUCCUUUAGUGUACCGGACAGUGAUGACUCUCCAUGGGAAGCUGUUUUUCAUCAAGACAUGUUUUUCGUAUCUUACCCUACAGCUGGUUGUGUUAAAACAUUUAAUAAGGACGGUGAUUUUCUAUAUAAUAUCGGCAUUGAAAAUUCAGAUGAAGGACAACUGAGUAAGCCUCGUGGACUCGUUGUUGAUGCCUAUAACAACCUGGUGGUUUGUGACGAAGAAAACAAAACGUUGAAGGUAUUCAAACUGGAUGGAACAUUUUUAAACGUGGCUGGCAACAGAAAUUUGGACUGUCCCUGGUGUAUUGCAGUCAGCCCAAAUAUUCGAUGGCCAUGGCUUUUCAUUGCUGAUCUCAACAAGAAAACCGUCGUAACCUUUGAGUAACUGCCAACCGGAAGCUUUAAAGGCCAAAAAGUAGUUUUUGUUGGCUUCGAGAAUCUCUACAGUUGGUUUUUCUGAUACAAAAUUUAUAAUCCACACCUUUUUUCUCUUCUGACCUCAGCCAAAGCCCUUUUCAACACUGAUUUGAUCCGAGCAAAAGACGAAAAGGCUUUCUCCGCACUGGCAGGCCACUCUUUCAUCGGCAUGGGAAAGUCCGAUUUGUUUUCACAAAUGCCUUUUUCGUAAAAUACAAUUUAAAAAAGUUAGGUAACCGUGCAUGUUUAAGAGAUAUGAUGGGCCAAACUUAUCCCAUCUAUGUCUGUACUGGCCCUAUUCACGCGCGUUAUUUUGUCGUUUUACGGUACAUUUUACGGUAGUUGGAAGCUAGGGUUUUUAA